GGGUUUUUAAAUGUAAUGGCUCAGUCCAGUGGAUACCUUCAGUGGCAAGGAGUUAUUGUAGUAAAUGGAGUGGUGUUACAGUUAAAGCUGACUGAGCAUGCUCUGUGGAGACCCUCUGAAGAGGAGGACCGACAGAGGGAGCCACCAGGUCACAUGACCGGCGAGCCCGCUGGUCUAGCCAAGGGCAGCGUGGAGAAGGGUGCAUCCACAAAGAAAGAAGAACUUGAUGCAGCGAGCAACGGAGAGGAGAAACCAGAUAGAGACAAAGAGGUAGCAGCCAGACUGGCCUCCUCCCCUCCAGCAGAGACGAUGCUAAACGGCGCCGAAUGUGACGACACAAGGCACAAGAGCCCGACACACGGCUCUGCAACAGCCAACAACAAGACUUUACUGUUGCUAAAUGAAAAUGGCACGUCCGACAUGGAGCCACCGCAUGGUUCUGUUACUGGAAGCAAUGGAUUAAUUCUCACUAAGCAGCAGCAGGAAGGGGGCUCUGCAUUGACGGCGAGUUUGGGAGUUUCCCCUCACAGGACUAACUGGUUGCCUUCGGGCUCACCGACAGGUGGACACACGGCCAAAUCUCCCCCGGCCUCGGCGUCUGGGUGUGAACAGAGUUCAGGUGCACUAAGGACUGACCCCAGUACAGAGACUACGUCGGGACGGGAGACACCAGACACUAAAAAUGGCACGGCCUCGUCUCCUGCCCCGGCUCCAGCACCCGUCACGAUACACAGAGCGCGCAAGACCAUGUCCAGACCUGCUGUCAGCCAGGCACAAAAGCUUCUUAACAGAGAAUUAAGAGAAGCAAAGAGUUCCAAAGUGGAGACUCAUGUUGCACCUGACACAUCCUCGCAGCAGCCCUCUGCGGAGAACCAUCUACCUCAGAGUCCACCGGAUAUGCCGGCUUCAGCACAAACUGCAUCAUCAGCUUCACCAGCACCUCCUGCAGCUCCCAGUACACCUCCGGGUUCUGAGGCUUCUCCGGGUUCUGAGGUUUCUCCGGGUUCUGAGGCUCCUCCAGCUCCUCUAGCUCCAACCAAGCUCCAACUAGCUCCUUACUCAGGAGGGUUGUCAUCCCGUAAGAAGAAGAGGAGGAUGGGAAUGUACAGUCUGGUUCCCAAGAAGAAAACCAAAGUGCUUAAGCAGAGAACUGUGCUGGAAAUGUUUAAGGCACUACAACAGUCUGCCAAGAGCCCGCAGAGUAAAGAGGUAGCGAACAUAAAUGGGGAGAAGGUGGAAAAUGCAUCUGAGGAGGAUGAGUCCGAGGAGGUGGAGUCUGAGGAAGAGGAGCGACAGCAGCCAGCAGGAGAACCCGUCACUGUUGUCCAGGAAGCAGCAUCUGAGCCCAUCUCUCAGGUGGGAGAUGAGCAGGAGUCUGAAGAGUCUGCAGAAGAAGAGGGAGAGGAGGAGGGCACAGAGUCCGACUUGAGCACAGAGUCCAGUCUGAAGAAGAAGUUGAAAAAGAAAAUAAAGAGAGACGGUGCGUGGCUCAAGCCGUCCAGGAAACGGAAGAGGAGGAUAAAAGCCAAAGAACUAGAGGCGGUGGAUCAGCCUCAAGCUUCAGCUCAGGCCGGCGAUGGCAAGGAGCGCACACAGAUUUCCUCACCUGAGUCUGUCAACCUCAGCCAGCCCCAAGAGGCGGCGGCUGCCUCACAGAACAAAGACGCUUCAGGGUCAGCGAUGGAGGAGGCUCAGGAGCUUCCGCUCUGCAGCUGCCGCAUGGAGACGCCCAAGAGUCGAGAGAUCCUCACCCUGGCAGACAGGAAGUGCAUGGCCACAGAGAGCGUUGAUGGGCAGCUGACGCGCUGCCAGGGUGCCAUACUGAAACAUGAAAUGAUGCGUCCCUCCAACUCUGUUCAGCUGCUGGUUCUGUGCGAGGAUCACCGCAACGGCAUGGUGAAGCACCAGUCGUGCCCCGGCUGUGGCUUCUUCUGCAGGGCUGGGACCUUCAUGGAGUGCCAACCAGACCUCAGCAUCUCUCACCGUUUCCAUCGUGCUUGUGCCUCGGUGCUGAAAGGUCAAAGCUUCUGUCCUCACUGCGGAGAGGAGGCCGGUAAGGCCAAGGAGGUCACCAUCGCCAAGGCCGACACCACCUCCACCGUGCCCCCCGCGCUCGCACACGGACCUGCUACACCCGGGGUCCCUGAGGGCCGAGCAGACACCACCACUGGCAGCUCUUCUCGUAUGGCUGUGGGGGCUGAAGUCAGCGGCCAGGCCGACAGCUCACUGUCCAUUCGUUCUGCACACGGACUCGACACCUCUGCUGUUCCUGGGUCAUCCAGGACCGCAUCCCUGCUGGCUGGGACGGGACCAACGCUGCCACCCACAAUCCCCCAAGGACCACCGAGAGAGACUCUAGAGAGUAUCCUGGUGGCUCUUGACACAGACAAACCCAAGAAGCUGCGUUUUCACCCCAAGCAACUUUACCUCUCAGCCAAACAGGGAGAACUCAAGAAGGUCUUGCAUAUGUUGGUGGACGGUAUCGACCCUAACUUUAAGAUGGAAUCUCAGAACAAGCGCACCCCGCUCCACGCUGCAGCUGAGGGAGGAUACAAAGACAUCUGCCACAUGCUCGUACAGGCUGGCGCAAACUUGGACAUGUGUGACGAAGACCAGCGGACGCCACUGAUGGAGGCCUGUGAGAACAACUACAUGGAGACGGUCCAGUACCUGCUGAGAGCUGGAGCCAGCGCCACACACAAGGAUGUUGAAGGGUUCACGUGUCUCCACCUAGCGGCAAAGUCUGGUCAUUACAACAUUGUUGAGCACCUUCUGACCACAGGAUUUAUCAACAUCAACUGUCAGGAUGAUGGAGGUUGGACAGCCAUGAUCUGGGCGACAGAGUACAAACACGCGGACCAGGUGAAGCUGCUUCUGUGCAAAGGAGCCAACAUCAGCAUCAGGGACAAGGAAGAGAACAUCUGCCUUCACUGGGCGGCGUUCUCCGGUAGCGUGGAGAUCGCCGAGCUGCUUCUGAACGCACGCUGCGACCUCCAGGCUGUCAACAUCCACGGAGACUCUCCUCUACACAUCGCUGCUCGGGAGAAUCGCUUAGAAUGUGUCACGCUUUUCCUGACUCGAGGAGCAGAUGUGUUUCUGAAGAACCGCGAGGGAGAAACUCCUCCAGACUGCUGCAGCCACAACUCCAAGGCCUGGGCAGCCCUGCAGACCAACAGGAGGGAGAGGGACGCAAGAACAGCAGGACUCAAUCGAGUGGAGGAGAAAGUCCUUCAGAGUGACAUAGCUCUGGGGCAGGAGAGCGUUCCCCUUCCCUGUGUCAACUCUGUGGACAGUGAACCUUACCCAGACGACUACAAAUACAUCCCUGAAAACUGCGUCACCUCCCCCAUGAACAUCGACAGGAACAUAACACACUUACAGUACUGUGUUUGUAAAGAAGACUGUUCGACAAGUAUCUGCAUGUGUGGACAACUCAGCCUGCGCUGCUGGUACGACAAGAAGGGUCGCCUGCUCCCUGAGUUCUGUCGUGAGGAGCCUCCUCUCAUCUUUGAGUGUAACCAUGCGUGCUCCUGUUGGAGGACCUGCAAGAACCGUGUAGUGCAAAAUGGCAUCAGGACCAGGCUUCAGCUCUACAGGACCAGUAAGAAGGGCUGGGGUGUCCGCGCAGUACAAGACAUACCACAGGGGACCUUCGUAUGCGAGUACGUGGGGGAGAUCAUCUCCGAGGCAGAAGCAGAGAUGAGGCAGAAUGACACGUACCUGUUCAGCCUGGAUGAUAAGCCACAAGAUCAAUACUGCAUCGAUGCUCGUUUCUAUGGAAACAUCAGCCGCUUCCUCAAUCACAUGUGCGAGCCCAACUUGUUUGCCUGUCGAGUGUUCACGACGCACCAGGACCUUCGUUUCCCACACAUUGCCUUCUUUGCCAGUGAAAACAUCAAGGCUGGAGAGGAGCUUGGAUUUAACUAUGGCGACCACUUCUGGGAAGUCAAAAGCAAGCUGUUCAGCUGCGAAUGCGGCUCUUCUAAGUGCAAGUACUCGUCAGCGGCCAUGGCGUCGCUGCAGGCGGACAGCACCCCGGAGCAGCAGCAGCAGCCCAGUGCGUCGCCUGACACCAGCUCCUCCAACAGUCCCUCCAGUCCUUCCUAAAAGUCUCCUCACACUAAGCUUCAUGCUACAUGUACACACGCCUGGUGGACACACACAGGCACCUCCCUCCUCCCUCCUUGAACUUUGAACUUUUAUCAGUGAACUUGUACUGUAUCUCCAUUUCUGAUUAAAGCCCCCGACCAUGGGCCGUUGUGAGAACACGUAAAACGUUGUCACGCACAACUGGAUGCACAAUCAAAUCCUGGAGGAACUUCCUGCUCCUUUAUUCCACCGUGAGAAACAUGAACAGCAGGGGGCAGCGACAGCACGCACAGCAAAUAUCACAGGGACAAUAAAACAUUCUUUACAUGUUAUACAUAACUUCAAUGGGAGAGAGAAAUGUGCAUUUAGUCUUUUUUUAAGAUGAUUGGUUGAAAUUGUUAAAUGGCUUUUCUUAUUGAGUCAUGAUCAAGGGACUUUGAGGUCGGGGGUGAGGGUAUCGUUGUCUUUUGCAAAGACAACCUCAGCAUACAGCUGGGCUUAACUUGUUUGACCUUUGCGGUCAUUUAUCAUGAACCAUUCCAGCAAGAUUACUGAUAAAUAUUGAACUAUGUUGCCACUUCUUUGUGUCACUUCAUCUUUGUUGCAGUGUUUGAACAGCCACGUCCACCGUAGUUGAUUAUAAAUGAAUGAAUUAACUGAAAUGAUUGGAAAGAGAAAGACGAGGUGGAAAGUGGACUGUUUUUUUUUAAGUUGUGAGUGAGAGCAAGAUGCUGUACCAUUCCUCAAGAAUGAGGCGUUUCUAGUCUGAAUCCUUUUUCAUUAAGCAUGUUUAAGGGGAUCUUAACGUGUCGCAAGAAUUGAUUAAACUGAAAUGGAGUUUAAAAAAACAACAAGAAAAUGGUGCUGACAAAGGUUUUUACUUUUGUUUUCAUUUUUAUUACCCAAGUGAACAUAGUUUGUAAGAUAAGAGAACGUUUUACAUUUUUUAUGUUUAAUUUUAACUCAAUUUUCUAAGCGUAGUUACUGUAGUUAGGCUAUUUCUAAUUUAGUUUCAUGAUUUUGCAGACAGAAGCCAACCCCUCUUUUUAAAUGUUGUUAGUAAAGCAGUGACUGUUGUGCAAAGUCUUGAAAGGUAUAAAUGAAAAAAAAAAAAGUUAUAAAAAUGCACUUCAUAACGUUCUGUUACAUAUUUCUGGACCGUGAAUCAUCCAUCUAAAUGGUUGUAUCUUUUUCAAUAAAUUUACUACUAAUGCAUUUAUUCUGA